AUGUUUAGAAGAGCCGCACAACUCACUGCAAGAAGAUUCAACCAUCAUGGUUAUGGUACUUCCAAGUAUAUCAAUGAUUUAGCCUACGCUGGUUCUAAAGUUAACAAGAAGGCCGGAGAAGAAUUCAUUAAGAAGUAUGAAGAAAAGGUUCAUCAUUCUGAAGGUAUUACCAAAUUAUGGAAGAAGUUAACUUACUUAGUUGCAAUUCCAGCUAUUUUAUUAACUGCUAUUCCAGUUAGUAAGAUUGAAAUGGAACAUGCUGAACAUAGAAAACAUCAACGUCAUUUAAGUGAUGAUGAAUGGCCAGUACAAUAUGAUUACCAAAACAUCAGAUCUAAGCCAUUCUUCUGGGGUGAUGGUGAUAAGACUUUAUUCUGGAACAAUGAUGUCAACAGACAUGUUGUUAAGGAUUAA